GCUCGGGUGAACCUAAUGAGUUUCAACACGGCAAAGUGCAAGGUUUUGCAUUUGGGCCGGAAGAACCCCAGGCACCCGUACAGGCUGGGAGGAGUGGUCCUUGAGAGCAGCUCGGCAGAGAAGGACCUGGGGGUCCUGAUGGACGAGAGACUGAACAUGAGGCAGCAGUGCGCUCUGGCAGCUCGAAAGGCAAAUGGGAUCCUGGGCUCCAUCAGGAGAGGGGUGGUCAGCAGGGAGAGGGAGGUGAUUGUCCCUCUCUACUCGGCUCUUGUGAGGCCCCAUCUGGAGUACUGUGUCCAGGUGUGGAGCCCUCAGUACAAGAAAGACAUAGAGAUUUUGGAAAGGUUCCAGAGGAGGGCGACUAAGAUGAUCAGGGGGCUGGAGCACCUCCCCUAUGAGGACAGGCUGAGGGAGUUGGGCUUGUUCAGCCUGGAGAAGAGAAGGCUGCGGGGUGACCUCAGUGCAGCCUAUCAAUACCUGAAGGGAACCUACACCCAGGAGGGGAGUAAACUCUUCAAAAGGGCUGACAACAGCAGGACGAGGGGAAAUGGAUCCAAGCUGAGGGAGGGAAGAUUUAGGUUGGAUGUUAGGGGGAAGUUCUUUACAAGGAGAGUGGUUAGGCCCUGGAACGGGCUGCCCAGGGAGGUUGUGGAUGCCCCGUCCUUGGACGUGUUCAAAGCCAGGUUGGACGGGGUCCUGGGCAACCUGAUCUGAAUGUGUGUGUUUGGUGGCCCUGCUGGGCAGGGGGGUUGGAACUACAUGAUCCUUGAGGUCCCUUCCAACCCGGGUGAUUCUGUGAUUCUGUGAUUCU